AUGAACGAGAAAUCUAAAGAAAUUGAUCGGCUGGAAAAACUUAUAGCGGAAAAAAUACAAACAACUCAAACCAUAGACCUACAAGUACAGGAGAAAAAUAAUGAUUAUAGUCGUCUUAACGGUUUUAUUUCAGAAAAAACAAAAAUCAAUGACGAUCUCGAUUCCCAAGUUAAAACCAAAGCUGAGAAACGUGAUCUUCUAGAUCAUGAAAUCUCCGUAAAAAACCAGAAAAACAACGAUCUAGAUUCUCAAAUAAACGAAAAGUUUCAAGAAAUUGAUCGGCUCGGAAAACCGUUAAGGGAAAAAGUAGAAUCGCUUAAAUCUAUAGACAUGCAGACACAAGAGAUAAAAAAUGAUUAUGAUCGUCUUAACGGUUUUAUUUCAGAAAAAACCAAAAUAAAUGACGAUCUCGAUUCCCAAGUUAAAACUAAAGCUGAGAAACGUGAUCUUCUUGACCGUGAAAUAUUUGUGAAAAACCAAAAAAACAAAGAUCUAGAUUCUAAAAUGAACGAGAAAUCUAAAGAAAUUGAUCGGCUGGAAAAACUUAUAGCGGAAAAAAUACAAACAACUCAAACCAUAGACCUACAAAUACAGGAGAAAUAUAAUGAUUAUAGUCGUCUUAACGGUUUUAUUUCAGAAAAAACAAAAAUCAAUGACGAUCUCGAUUCCCAAGUUAAAACCAAAGCUGAGAAACGUGAUCUUCUAGAUCAUGAAAUCUCCGUAAAAAACCAGAAAAACAACGAUCUAGAUUCUCAAAUAAACGAAAAGUUUCAAGAAAUUGAUCGGCUCGGAAAACUUAUAGCGGAAAAAAUAGAAUCAAUUAAAACUAUAGACAUACAGAUACAGGAGAAAAAUAAUGAUUAUGAUCGUCUUAACGGUUUUAUUUCAGAAAAAACCAAAAUAAAUGACGAUCUCGAUUCCCAAGUUAAAACUAAAGCUGAGAAACGUGAUCUUCUUGAUCGUGAAAUAUUUGUGAAAAACCAAAAAAACAAAGAUCUAGAUUCUAAAAUGAACGAGAAAUCUAAAGAAAUUGAUCGGCUGGAAAAACUUAUAGCGGAAAAAAUACAAACAACUCAAACCAUAGACCUACAAGUACAGGAGAAAAAUAAUGAUUAUAGUCGUCUUAACGGUUUUAUUUCAGAAAAAACAAAAAUCAAUGACGAUCUCGAUUCCCAAGUUAAAACCAAAGCUGAGAAACGUGAUCGUCUAGACCGUGAAAUAUCCGUGAAAAACCAAAAAAAUAAGGAUCUAGAUUCUCAAAUAGACGAAAAAUCUAUAGAAAUCGAUCGUCUCUGUAAACUUAUAGCCGAAAAAAUACAAAUAACUGAAAUCAUAGACAUACAGAUACAGGAGAAAAGUAAUGAUUGCAAUCGUCUCAACGGUCUAAUUUCAGAAAAAACGAAAAUAAAUGAGAAUCUCAAUUUCCAAAUUAAAACAAUUGCUGACAAACGUGAUCUUCUUGACCGUGAAACAUUCGAGAAAACCCAGAAAUAUAAGGGUCUUGAAGCUCAAAUAAAGAUGAAAUCUAAAGAAAUUGAUCGGCUCGAAAAACUUAUAGCGGAAAAAAUGCAAACAACUAAGACCAUAGACGUACAGAUACAGGAGAAAAAUAAUGAUUAUGAUCGUCUCAACGGUUUUAUUUCAGAAAAAACCAAAAUAAAUGACGAUCUCGAUUCCCAAGUUAAAACCAAAGCUGAGAAACGUGAUCUUCUUGACCGUGAAAUAUUCGUGAAAAACCAAAAAAACAAAGAUCUAGAUUCUAAAAUGAACGAGAAAUCUAAAGAAAUUGAUCGGCUGGAAAAACUUAUAGCGGAAAAAAUACAAACAACUCAAACCAUAGACCUACAAGUACAGGAGAAAAAUAAUGAUUAUAGUCGUCUUAACGGUUUUAUUUCAGAAAAAACAAAAAUCAAUGACGAUCUCGAUUCCCAAGUUAAAACCAAAGCUGAGAAACGUGAUCUUCUAGAUCAUGAAAUCUCCGAGAAAAAUAAUGAUUAUGAUCGUCUUAACGGUUUUAUUUCAGAAAAAACCAAAAUAAAUAACGAUCUCGAUUCCCAAGUUAAAACUAAAGCUGAGAAACGUGAUCUUCUUGACCGUGAAAUAUUUGUGAAAAACCAAAAAAACAAAGAUCUAGAUUCUAAAAUGAACGAGAAAUCUAAAGAAAUUGAUCGGCUGGAAAAACUUAUAGCGGAAAAAAUACAAACAACUCAAACCAUAGACCUACAAGUACAGGAGAAAAAUAAUGAUUAUAGUCGUCUUAACGGUUUUAUUUCAGAAAAAACAAAAAUCAAUGACGAUCUCGAUUCCCAAGUUAAAACCAAAGCUGAGAAACGUGAUCGUCUAGACCGUGAAAUAUCCGUGAAAAACCAAAAAAAUAAGGAUCUAGAUUCUCAAAUAGACGAAAAAUCUAUAGAAAUUGAUCGUCUCUGUAAACUUAUAGCCGAAAAAAUACAAACAACUGAAAUCAUAGACAUACAGAUACAGGAGAAAAGUAAUGAUUGCAAUCGUCUCAACGGUCUAAUUUCAGAAAAAACGAAAAUAAAUGAGAAUCUCAAUUUCCAAAUUAAAACAAUUGCUGACAAACGUGAUCUUCUUGACCGUGAAACAUUCGAGAAAACCCAGAAAUAUAAGGGUCUUGAAGCUCAAAUAAAGAUGAAAUCUAAAGAAAUUGAUCGGCUCGAAAAACUUAUAGCGGAAAAAAUGCAAACAACUAAGACCAUAGACGUACAGAUACAGGAGAAAAAUAAUGAUUAUGAUCGUCUCAACGGUUUUAUUUCAGAAAAAACCAAAAUAAAUGACGAUCUCGAUUCCCAAGUUAAAACUAAAGCUGAGAAACGUGAUCUUCUUGACCGUGAAAUAUUCGUGAAAAACCAAAAAAACAAAGAUCUAGAUUCUAAAAUGAACGAGAAAUCUAAAGAAAUUGAUCGGCUGGAAAAACUUAUAGCGGAAAAAAUACAAACAACUCAAACCAUAGACCUACAAGUACAGGAGAAAAAUAAUGAUUAUAGUCGUCUUAACGGUUUUAUUUCAGAAAAAACAAAAAUCAAUGACGAUCUCGAUUCCCAAGUUAAAACCAAAGCUGAGAAACGUGAUCUUCUAGAUCAUGAAAUCUCCGUAAAAAACCAGAAAAACAACGAUCUAGAUUCUCAAAUAAACGAAAAGUUUCAAGAAAUUGAUCGGCUCGGAAAACUUAUAGCGGAAAAAAUAGAAUCAAUUAAAACUAUAGACAUACAGAUACAGGAGAAAAAUAAUGAUUAUGAUCGUCUUAACGGUUUUAUUUCAGAAAAAACCAAAAUAAAUGACGAUCUCGAUUCCCAAGUUAAAACUAAAGCUGAGAAACGUGAUCUUCUUGACCGUGAAAUAUUUGUGAAAAACCAAAAAAACAAAGAUCUAGAUUCUAAAAUGAACGAGAAAUCUAAAGAAAUUGAUCGGCUGGAAAAACUUAUAGCGGAAAAAAUACAAACAACUCAAACCAUAGACCUACAAGUACAGGAGAAAAAUAAUGAUUAUAGUCGUCUUAACGGUUUUAUUUCAGAAAAAACAAAAAUCAAUGACGAUCUCGAUUCCCAAGUUAAAACCAAAGCUGAGAAACGUGAUCGUCUAGACCGUGAAAUAUCCGUGAAAAACCAAAAAAAUAAGGAUCUAGAUUCUCAAAUAGACGAAAAAACACAAACAAUUAAAACUAUAGACGUACAGAUACAGGAGAAGAAUAAUGAAAACAAUCGUCUUAACGGUUUUAUUUCAGAAAAAACCAAAAUAAAUGACGAUCUCGAUUCGCAAGUUAAAACUAAAUCUGAGAAACGUGAAUUUCUUGACCGUGAAAUGUCCGUGAAAAACCAGAAAAGCAAAGAUCUAGAUUCUCAAAUGAACGAAAAAACACAAACUAUUAAAACUAUAGACGUACAGAUACAGGAGAAGAAUAAUGAAAACAAUCGUCUUAACGGUUUUAUUUCAGAAAAAACUAAAAUGAUGGACGAUCUAAAUUUCAAAAUUAAGAAGAAAACCGAUGAACAUGACCUUCUCAACCAUGACGUAUUGGAAAAAAUUCAAAUAAUCAAAGACUUGCAUUCCCAAAUACUAGAAAAAACUGACGAAUGUAAUCGACUCAACGAUCUUAUGAAUAAAAAUAUGAAAACGCGUGAAAAUAUAGACUUACAAAUAGAAAGAAAAACUGCGGAAUGCAAUCUCCUUGAUGAUCAGAUUUUCAAGAAAACUCAGACAGGAUACGAUCUAGAUUCCGAAAUCAAAAUCAAAGCUGAGAAACGUGAUCUUCUUGACCGUGAAAUAUCCGUGAAAACUCAAAAUAAUAAGGAUCUAGGCUCGGAAAUAAACGAAAAAUCUACAGAAAUUGAUCGGCUAGAAAAUCUUAUAACGGAAAAAACACAAACUAUUAAAACUAUAGACGUGCAGAUACAGGAGAAGAAUAAUGAAAACAAUCGUCUUAACGGUUUUAUUUCAGAAAAAACUAAAAUGAUGGACGAUCUAAAUUUCAAAAUUAAGAAGAAAACCGAUGAACAUGACCUUCUCAACCAUGACGUAUUGGAAAAAAUUCAAAUAAUCAAAGACUUGCAUUCCCAAAUACUAGAAAAAACUGACGAAUGUAAUCGACUCAACGAUCUUAUGAAUAAAAAUAUGAAAACGCGUGAAAAUAUAGACUUACAAAUAGAAAGAAAAACUGCGGAAUGCAAUCUCCUUGAUGAUCAGAUUUUCAAGAAAACUCAGACAGGAUACGAUCUAGAUUCCGAAAUCAAAACCAAAGCUGAGAAACGUGAUCUUCUUGACCGUGAAAUAUCCGUGAAAACUCAAAAUAAUAAGGAUCUAGGCUCGGAAAUAAACGAAAAAUCUACAGAAAUUGAUCGGCUAGAAAAUCUUAUAACGGAAAAAACACAAACUAUUAAAACUAUAGACGUGCAGAUACAGGAGAAGAAUAAUGAAAACAAUCGUCUUAACGGUUUUAUUUCAGAAAAAACUAAAAUGAUGGACGAUCUAAAUUUCAAAAUUAAGAAGAAAACCGAUGAACAUGACCUUCUCAACCAUGACGUAUUGGAAAAAAUGCAAACCAUUAAAGACUUGCAUUCCCAAAUAUCAGAACUAACAAACGAAUGUAAUCGUCUCAACGAUCUUAUGAAUAAAAAGAUGAAAACGCGUGAAAAUAUAGACUUACAAAUAGAAAGAAAAACUGCGGAAUGCAAUCUCCUUGAUGAUCAGAUUUUCAAGAAAACUCAGACAGGAUACGAUCUAGAUUCCGAAAUCAAAACCAAAGCUGAGAAACGUGAUCUUCUUGACCGUGAAAUAUCCGUGAAAACUCAAAAUAAUAAGGAUCUAGGCUCGGAAAUAAACGAAAAAUCUACAGAAAUUGAUCGGCUAGAAAAUCUUAUAACGGAAAAAACACAAACUAUUAAAACUAUAGACGUGCAGAUACAGGAGAAGAAUAAUGAAAACAAUCGUCUUAACGGUUUUAUUUCAGAAAAAACUAAAAUGAUGGACGAUCUAAAUUUCAAAAUUAAGAAGAAAACCGAUGAACAUGACCUUCUCAACCAUGACGUAUUGGAAAAAAUGCAAACCAUUAAAGACUUGCAUUCCCAAAUAUCAGAACUAACAAACGAAUGUAAUCGUCUCAACGAUCUUAUGAAUAAAAAGAUGAAAACGCGUGAAAAUAUAGACUUACAAAUAGAAAGAAAAACUGCGGAAUGCAAUCUCCUUGAUGAUCAGAUUUUCAAGAAAACUCAGACAGGAUACGAUCUAGAUUCCGAAAUCAAAACCAAAGCUGAGAAACGUGAUCUUCUUGACCGUGAAAUAUCCGUGAAAACUCAAAAUAAUAAGGAUCUAGGCUCGGAAAUAAACGAAAAAUCUACAGAAAUUAAUCGGCUAGAAAAUCUUAUAACGGAAAAAACACAAAUUAUUAAAACUAUAGACGUACAGAUACAGGAGAAGAAUAAUAAAAACAAUCGUCUUAACGGUUUUAUUUCAGAAAAAACUAAAAUGAUGGACGAUCUAAAUUUCAAAAUUAAGAAGAAAACCAAUGAACAUGACCUUCUCAACCAUGACGUAUUGGAAAAAAUGCAAACCAUUAAAGACUUGCAUUCCCAAAUAUCAGAACUAACAAACGAAUGUAAUCGUCUCAACGAUCUUAUGAAUAAAAAGAUGAAAACGUGUGAAAACAUAGACUCACAAAUAAAAAGGAAAAGUGCGGAAUGCACUCGCCUUGAUGAUCAGAUUUUCAAGAAAACUAAAACAGGGUACGAUCUAGAUUCCGAAAUCAAAACCAAAGCUGAGAAACGUGAUCUUCUUGACCGUGAAAUAUCCGUGAAAACUCAAAAUAAUAAGGAUCUAGGCUCUCAAAUAAACGAAAAAUCUAGAGAAAUUGAUCGGCUAGAAAAUCUUAUAACGGAAAAAACACAAACAAUUAAAACUAUAGACGUACAGAUACAAGAGAAGAAUAAUGAAAACAAUCGUCUUUACGGUUUUAUUUCAGAAAAAACUAAAAUGAUGAAAGAUCUAAAUUUCAGAAUUAAGAAGAAAACCGAUGAACAUGACCUUCUCAACCAUGACGUAUUGGAAAAAAUGCAAACCAUUAAAGACUUGCAUUCCCAAAUAUCAGAACUAACAAACGAAUGUAAUCGUCUCAACGAUCUUAUGAAUAAAAAGAUGAAAACGUGUGAAAACAUAGACUCACAAAUAAAAAGGAAAAGUGCGGAAUGCACUCGCCUUGAUGAUCAGAUUUUCAAGAAAACUAAAACAGGGUACGAUCUAGAUUCCGAAAUCAAAACCAAAGCUGAGAAACGUGAUCUUCUUGACCAUGAAAUAUCCGUGAAAACUCAAAAUAAUAAGGAUCUAGGCUCUCAAAUAAACGAAAAAUCUACAGAAAUUGAUCGGCUAGAAAAUCUUAUAACGGAAAAAACACAAACAAUUAAAACUAUAGACGUACAGAUACAAGAGAAGAAUAAUGAAAACAAUCGUCUUUACGGUUUUAUUUCAGAAAAAACUAAAAUGAUGGAAGAUCUAAAUUUCAAAAUUAAGAAGAAAACCGAUGAACAUGACCUUCUUAACCAUGACGUAUUGGAAAAUAUGCAAACCAUUAAAGACUUGCAUUCCCAAAUAUCAGAACUAACAAAGGAAUGUAAUCGUCUCAACGAUCUUAAGAAUAAAAUGAUGACAACGUGUGAAAACAUAGACUCACAAAUAAAAAGGAAAAGUGCGGAAUGCACUCGCCUUGAUGAUCAGAUUUUCACGAAAACUCAGACAGAAUACGAUCUAGAUUCCCAAAUCAAGAAAAAAAUUGCGGAACUCGGUCGUCUUCUCCGAGAAAUAUCGUCGAAUAGACAAAUCAUAGAUUCGGAAAUUAAGAAGCAAACGGAUGAACGUGGUCGUCUUGUCGAUGCAAUAUCGGAAAAAAUGCAAGCAACUCAAAACUUAGACUCUCAAAUAUCAGAAAAACAAAUUGAGUUUGCUCGUCUUAAUGAUCAGAUGUUGGAGAUAAUAUCUACAAGUAGCAGUCUAGACUCUAAAAUAAUUAGAAAAAUUGAUGAAUGUACUCGCCUUGAUGGUGAUAUAAACGAAAAGCUCGAAGUAUUGAAAAGGCUGAACCAUUCUAUUGAUACGAAGCUUCAACAAACAACAUCAGCAGAUGUGACGAAAUUAUUGGAUAUAAAAACAAAACUGCGUAACUUAUUUCCUUUUAUUCCCAGUUUAAGCUCUUAUGAAAAGAACGUUGUAAAUUAUUACAUUGAUCAACUAAAAGUUUCACCGUUCUACAGAAUUUCUAGUUCCAAUAACUCCGAAAUGAAAAAUCUAUGUGAAUUGGGCAUUAAAAUUAUCCGUUCCAUCAACAAAGACGAUUCAAAAUCAUCAAAGUACCAACAAUUUGUCGAUUUUAUAGCACGAGAAGUGACGACGGACGACGAAACCACAAAUAUCGAUGAAGAUUCUAUUAUUUCAUUGACUACAUUUCUCUCAAUGUACAUGCUUAUAUAUUCAAACAAUCUGCCUGACAAAUCAAGGUAUCAUAACAUAAUAAUCAAACUGAUUCCGAGGAUUCCAUCUAUUCCCAUUCCAGAACUUACAAGCGGCAACUCAGAGAAAGAAUACAGUGCCAUUCUUAAUUUAUCGGCACCGCGAUUAUUGUCUAAUUACAUAAACAAUUUUAAUGAUUACAUCUGUGAUAUAAGUAGCAUUGCACUAUCUAGGUUGAAUUCCAAGAUAAAUUCCGUUGAUGGUGUCGCAUUCAGCGACCAUAUUCGACAAGAUUCGUCAGCCUUUGCUGUACACUCUGAAAGACACAUUCCCUACGUCAAUUACAGUAUUUACCUUAAAAAAGUCGUCGAAGUAAUGAAAUUUCCCGACUUAUACGCAUCAGUAUACUCGGUGCUUGACAUACCCGGUAAUUUCUAUGAAACCGUGAACAGAAUAGUGACAACGAUAAUGCAUCCAACAAUCGAAGUAUUACUGCACGGGUUAAAUAGUACUAAGGGUGAAAUUAAGUUCGAGUUUAACUGGUUGGAUGUAAAAGGCAAAAUAGGUUGCUAUUUGAUACCUUCCAUUGGAUUCGGGAUAUUCAAAACCAAACAGUUCAUGUUUUCUUUGCGGAUUCCAAUGCAUAAUGUACCAUUGAGUGUACUGUCUGUUUGUAGCUCCACAGAACCACGCCAAUGUAAUAAAUUUGUCACAAGUAUAUUAAAUUUACGAAAGAUUUACAAGACUGGAGAAACGUAUUCUGAUUAUGAAACAUGGAAUGAUAUCUGUCAAGAAACUGGGUUACUCAUUUAUGGAGGUUUUGCCAUGAAUACGUUCGAUGAAUAUGUGUACAGUAACAUUGGACACAAAACUUUUCGCACAAAUUAUGUUGGACAAUUAAAAAAAGACGAUCAAGUUUUGUUUUGGAAAAGAUCUAAUGAGGCUAUCUGUGUUAACGAACACAAAGGUAGUACCUAUACGGUCACGGAAGUUGGAAUGUUUACUUCUGAUGGGUUGGAAGCUAUAUACGAAUUUUCGACCAACAAAUCGAGUAGUGGA